AUGACUUCACAUAAUUUUCAUGUAUAUUUUACAUUAAUAAAAAAUUCCAAUAAUUCUACAAAUGUACUUGCAGUUUGUAAUUUUUGUAUAAGAAAAUAUGGUGGUUUAGAAACAACUCAAGUUAAACCUGAAUGUUAUACUUCAAAUCAAGUGCAAACAAUUUUGAAAUUAUUAAUACCAGAUGAUAAAAAAAAACGUAAAGAAUUAAAUAAAAAUGAUGAUGAAAAUAAGGAAACAGUUGCUAUCUUUGAAUUUAUUUCACCUGGAAUUCAAUUACCAAAAUGUAAAGCUAUAACGGGAAAAAUUUUACAAAAGAGUUCACAAAUAUUUCAAGAAAAUAUCAUUAAACUUGUAAAACAAGAUCAAGAUGGUGUUACAGUAACAUUUGAUGGUUGGUCAAAUAUAAAACAAGAACAUAUAUGGGGAGUUGUAUUUAUUACUACAUCAGGACAACCAUUAAUUUGGGACUUUCUUUCAGCAAAAUUUAAUGAUAAUCGUUCAAAUGUAACAAGAAAUAAUGGUAUUUCUAAUAUACCAGCAGAUAGAAAAACAGUUGAUCAAAAUAAUAAUAGAAAACUCCCUGAUGAUAUUGCAGAUAUAAUUAAUGAUCAAGAAUUUUGGAUUACAUUAUCUGAAUUACAAAAUUUAUUAUAUUCACUAUGUAGAUUCCUUAAUAAAUUGCAAAAAGAUACUGCUUGCCUUCAUGAA